GCCCGUGCCGGGGGAGGCCAGGCGAGGCGGGCGCCGGGCAGGGCGGGAGGCUGGCGGGCUGGGGGCGCCUCCUCGGUGCCACCGCUGCCCGCCCUCCCGCUGUGGCCCCGUCCCGGCCUUGGCCCGGCCUCGGAGCCGGAUCUGCUGCCCCGGGGGGAGACUGGGUCCCGGCGCUCGCGCUCGGGCCGGCGAGAGGGUGUUAGGAAACUCUGGGCUUGCAAAGGACCGGCUCUGGGAAGCAGUCGCCUCUUGCCUGCGGAGAGCGGGAGCCGGGGCCGGGCCGGGGCCGGGUGUCGGGUUGGCGGGCGGGCGCCAGCACCAGUUGGAGGCAACUCUAAGAAAGCCACAGUUCGCCGCAGAGAGAGCGGCCCCUUCCUCCCGCGGUUGAAUUUGCAGAUGUCUUCUGAUGAAAGCGCGCUGCAGCUAAGUUGAGCGUGUUAAUAAUGAAACGAUUCCGAAAUUUUAUAAAACUUCUUCAAAAGCCAUGUUUAGGGAGAAGGGUGCUCAUUCUUCUCUAGAACCGCUGGGUGGCGCUGGUGCGAGCUGACUUUUCCUCCAGCACUCAGCGGAGAACCUGUUUCUCUUCAUUGUCCCCUUGGUGGCACGUUCAUGUGGUUUAUUUUACAAUGUGCACAAAGGGAUUGCGAGGACAGCCAGGUACAGGCAGGACCACCACCUACUAAAAGUACUUCUCUAGAAACGGCUGGCGAUUACCCCCCAAAAGUUUACCAUUAUAGACAAUGCUUGUUGAAACUGCCUUGGAUAAUCUUGGGGAAAGAAAAAAAAAAGUAAAAAUACUUUAAGACAUUAAUUUAAGAUAUAGAAAUUUAGAAUCAGGAAAUAUUUUCAUGGUAAUUUAUUUAGAUUUGUGUAUAUAUAUCUCUCCACAAACUUACCUCGAGUUUAUUUGCACACCAUAGCAGAGUGUGUGCCUAGUUAAAUCUUUGUUCAUCUUUUAUGUUUUCAAGUGAAAUAAUAUUUGCUGAUGAAAAUAAAUGUAAGGAUAUCAUUUUUAUUAAAUUAUCAGAGAGAUAGUCUUUAUAUUUCUGGACUCUGCGUUUUUAACAUAGCCAGUGCAUUCCCAAAUUGCCGUUGAUAAGGCUUUUCUCUUACUGCUGAUUUUAAAAGGAGCUCAGAACUCGCCCUCAGGUUUAGUUCAGAUGCAGUCGGUCUCUCCCCACUCGUCAGUUAAGCCCCCUAUGGAAAGAGCUUCCUCACAUGUUACAGCUGAGAAAUAGGGAGGAGAAUAGCAUUAAGGGAAAGUAGGUAGACUUUGAUUUUGGAAUUUUAAAGUACUUGAAACUAUUCAUGUAGUUUCGAAAGCCAGGCUUUGAAAUGAUCAGUGUCUACUUAUCAGUGUGGGGAAAAAAUAGAGAUUUUUAUCUACAAAUUGUGUUACCAAAAUUUUCAAACGUUAGGGGGCUGGAACUAGGCAAUGAAACUAGUGCAAGUUUCUGAGUGGCUUAAAGAGGUUACAUGUUAGUUAACUGUAUGCAGUGUGUUGAUAUUAUAAUGCGCUCUUCCCAGCCCCUUCUCCUGUGGUAGAUCUGUUUUUAAUUUUUUUCCAAAACAUUUAACUUCUGAGUUUCUUUCCCUCUUAAUAUUACAGUUGCUACAAGUAGAUGGAAAACACUACUUCUAAAUAAAAUAAACAACAAAAAAUCACCAUUGAGCGAAAACUGCUAAGACAGUGAAGCCAGUUGUUGGGAAAUGGCUGGUCACAUAGCCAUGAAUGCUUUGCUCUGUCAGGGAGAGGGGAACAGCCGCCCCGCACAGCCGAGGCCGCUCCGCCGUCAGCAGGGCCUAGCAGGCUUAGGCGAGAUGGACUCAGAGCUGGUCCCUGUUGCCCGCCCUGGGGGGCUGCACCAGGGAACCCACCUCACCCUUAAGGCCUACUCCUCGGUCCCGGGCGGCAACAUGAACUCGGGCCUGGGCGCCAUGAACUCCAUGAACAGCUACAUGACCAUGAACACCAUGACCACGAGCGGCAACAUGACCCCCGCCUCGUUCAACAUGUCCUACGCCAACCCGGGCCUGGGCGCUGGCCUGAGCCCUGGCGCCGUGGCCGGCAUGCCGGGCGGCUCGGCGGGCGCCAUGAACAGCAUGACGGCGGCGGGCGUGACGGCCAUGGGGACGACGCUGAGCCCGGGCGGCAUGGGCGGCAUGGGCGCGCAGCCGGCGGCCUCCAUGAACGGCCUGGGCCCCUACGCGGCCGCCAUGAACCCGUGCAUGAGCCCCAUGGCGUACGCGCCGUCCAACCUGGGCCGCAGCCGGGCUGCGGGCGGCGGCGACGCCAAGACUUUCAAGCGCAGCUACCCGCACGCCAAACCGCCCUACUCGUACAUCUCGCUCAUCACCAUGGCCAUCCAGCAGGCGCCCAGCAAGAUGCUGACGCUGAGCGAGAUCUACCAGUGGAUCAUGGACCUCUUCCCCUACUACCGGCAGAACCAGCAGCGCUGGCAGAACUCCAUCCGCCACUCGCUCUCCUUCAACGACUGCUUCGUCAAGGUGGCGCGCUCCCCGGACAAGCCGGGCAAGGGCUCCUACUGGACGCUGCACCCGGACUCCGGCAACAUGUUCGAGAACGGCUGUUACUUGCGCCGCCAGAAGCGCUUCAAGUGCGAGAAGCAGCCGGGAACCGGGACCGGGGGCGGCGGCGGUGCCAAGGGCGGCCCCGAGAGCCGCAAGGACCCCUCGAGUGCGGCCACCGCCGGCGCCGACUCGCCCCUCCACCGGGGCGUGCACGGUAAGGCGGGCCAGCUAGAGGGCGCGCCGGCCCCCGGGCCCGCCGCCAGCCCCCAGACUCUGGACCACAGCGGGGCGACGGCGACAGGGGGCGCCUCGGAGUUGAAGACUCCAGCAUCCUCGGCUGCACCCCCGAUCAGCUCCGGGCCUGGGGCGCUGGUAUCUGUGCCCCCCUCCCACCCGGCGCAUGGCCUGGCGCCCCACGAGUCCCAGCUGCACUUGAAAGGGGACCCCCACUACUCCUUCAACCACCCCUUCUCCAUCAACAACCUCAUGUCCUCCUCGGAGCAGCAGCACAAGCUGGACUUCAAAGCCUACGAGCAGGCGCUACAGUACUCGCCCUACGGCGCCGCGUUGCCCGGCAGCCUGCCGCUCGGCAGCGCCUCGGUGGCCACUAGGAGCCCCAUCGAGCCCUCAGCCCUGGAGCCGGCCUACUACCAAGGUGUGUAUUCCAGACCCGUCCUAAAUACUUCCUAGCUCCCGGGACUGGGGGUUUGUCUGGCAUGGGCCAUGCUGGUAAUAGGAGAGAGAGAGAAAAAAAAAAAUCAACAGCAACCAAACCACACAUAUCAACCUGACAAAAGCAUAAUAAAAUCCCCAAUUAUUUUUAUUUCUUUUUUUGUGCACAAUCUUUUCCCCAGUACAAAGGACUGUUACUUUGUUAUUGUUAUUCAUAACGCCUUGUGUAUAUUAUUACAAAGAAAACCAACCCCAAACCGACAAAAAAUUUUUUUCCUGCAAAGUUUUAAUGAUCCACAAGUGUGUAUAUAAAGUCCCCCUACUUCCUUGUCCCUGUCCCUUUCUGUCCUCUUUCCCCUCCAGACACAUUCUGGUCUGUGCAGGGUUUAUUUAAAGAAAAAGGAAAGUUGGUCAAGCUUGUAAAAUAUUCGUUUGUGCUCCUCCACCCCCCAACUCCCCUCCCACCCCUGCACCUGACCCCCAACACCCGCCACGAGUUUACAGGUCUAUGGCAGUACUCUAAACCAUAAGAACUGAAAGGCUGAAGAAACAAGUAGACACUAGGGGCUGUUAACAGUACGAGGGACAACACCGCUGUGAUGCAGCAAAACAAACAGAUUAUAAACACCAGAGCCAUUUGUUUUCCAGCUUACAUUCCCCAUACAUUCAGACAGCAGAUGUCUUAAAAUGAAACGCAUAUAUAUUAUGUAUGGACUUAUUUAUGCACAUGCUCAAAUAUGUAGACAUCCUCCAUAUAUUUAUGUGACAUACAGAGGUAACAGAUAAGUGACAUACAUCUACAUUUUCGAGAGUUGCCUGACCGAGAAGUUACAAAGACACCCCCCCACCACCACCACCUUGUCCUCUCCACCCACAUACAGCCCUGGGAAUCAAUUCCUCAAAAUUGCCCUCCUCAGUAACUCUGCUCCUUGCCUUGCAGAGUGCCAUGGUCAUGUUAUUCUGAGGUCACAUAACGUGUAAAAUUAGCUUCUAUGUUAUCUAUACCAUUUAAAGAAUUUUUUUUUCCAGAAAAAAGGGAAUAUUACAGUGUUGGAGGAGAGAUAAGUCAUAGGGAGCUGUAUUUCAAAAUUUGGUCCAAGAUUCCAAAAUCCAAUUGAUUUAGGCCAUUUUAAUUAUUGCCAUCGUGUGCUUGUUUCAUUCAGUGUUAAUGCACUUUUCACAGUUGGACAUGGUGUUAGUAUAGCCAGACGGGUUUCAUUAUUAUUCCUCUUUGCUUUCUCAAUGUUAAUUUAUUGCAUGGUUUAUUUUUUUUUUCUUUACAGCUGAAAUUGCUUUAAAUGAUGGUUAAAAUUACAAAUUAAAAUGUUAAUUUUUAUCAAUGUGAUUGUAAUUAAAAUAUUUUGAUUUAAAUAACAAAAAUGAUAAACUUUAAGCCGUGGAAUAUGUUCUUGAUCAAUUGCAGUUAAGGACUUUAAAUAAAUCAAAUGUUAACAAAAAAGAUUUCUGUUAUUUUCCUUAAUUAAAUCCAAAAUAGAUAUUCUGAAUGUGAUAUUUUUCAAAGUCCUGGCACUGAAUAUAAAUGACAAAAAGGAAAAUAAUCUAAAACAGAAUUGUUUUGUUUAUGUUUAAUAUAUGAACAUGUAGCUAGUAAAAAGCAGUUAAAGAAAUUCAAUAAAAGUAGGUAGAUAAAUUGAUUUCAUAUCCCAAGAAUUGAGAUUUUGAAGACUGUUUUUUCCCAGCAAUAUUUACUUCAAUUUUUUGAUAGGAGCUUAAGUUCUCUGUCUUUCCUUUGAAUCUUCCCACAAUGAAAUCAAAUAUUAAUUUAACCACCUUCCCCAAUGUAUCAUUUUCCUUUUUCUGAGAAGUAUUCGAGUGAGAAUAAAGUAUCAGAUGUGGCUGAUAAAAUUAAGUUGUCUACAACAGAGAAUCCUGAACCCUCUUUUCAUGAAAAGGGAAACAAAAUGUAACCAUCACAGUAGCUUUGGAGGCGACCGGGGGAGGCAAGUUAAUUCACUCCGGCAGGGGAAGUUUUGCGCCGCCAGGACAUUUCAGGAUAGCUGCUGUUUUAUAUUUUGUGAAGAUAUUUUUUAAAACAUUGUUUCUAAAAGUAUUUUUUCCUGAGAACGCAAAGCUGGCGAUUUGUUUGCCUUCUAAGAAGCUUUUAAAUGCAACUUCACACCCCCACGGUUGCUUGAGAUCACAAAAUCAUUAAUCUCCUUUGAUAGUAGGCUCACUUUCC